UACCGAGGAUCUCCGAUGGGGAGGAGGACUGCUUUGUUUACUAACAGUCCUCCUCCCUGUCGGCUUGGGAACACAGUGAAGCACCAACACAGCGGGGCUACAGUGAAGCACCAACACUCGCAGCACACAGUUAACCCUUUGAUUGCCCUUCAUGUUAACCCCUUCCUGCCCAGUGCCAUUAGUACAGUGUCAGUACUUUUUUUAAGCACUGAUCACUGUAUUGGUGUCACUGGGGAUGUCAGUGACACCAUAUCAGUUCCCCCCACUGUCAGAAUGCCUGCCGCAGUCCCGCAGUCCUGCUAUCCUGAUCGCUGCGAUUACUAGUAACAAAAAAAAAAAGUCCAGUAAAUGAUAUAACUUUCACGUAAACCAAUACAUUUACAUGUAUUGGGAUUUUUUU